AUGGAGAGCCACGUCUGCAUGGAGAGCCAUGUCAUCCCUUGUGACAUGAUGGAGAGAUUCCAAAAAUUCUCAAGUUGGUUUCGACUGCAAAGAGCCAUAGCAAUCUGUCAGAAGUAUGUGGAGAAGCUCAAAACCUGUGAUGCAGCCCACUACUCUCCAGUGUAUGUAACAGACAUGGAUAGAGCCAAGCUACUCAUUAUCAGGACUGCUCAGGGUGUAACAUUCCCCAAUGAGAUUCGGGUCUUACGAGUGGCGCACACCACACAAGUCAUCAGCAGCAAAAGUCCCAUUUUCCAGUUGGAUCCAUUCCUUGACGACAAGUGUUUGCUUCGAGUGGGUGGCCGGGCCAAAAGGUGCACCCUGUCGAUGGAACUGAAAUUCCCAAUUCUCUUACCUCAGAGAUGUCACGUCAGCAUAUUAAUCAUCGAACACUACCACAGAGAUACUGGUCACGCAGGAAGAGGAAUAACAUUGAAUCGAAUACAACAAGCAGGGUUUUGGAUCCUCAAAGCUCGGACUGCAGUAACGCUGCUGAUCAAAGAUUGCAUCUUAUGCCGCAAGUUGAGGGGCAAUAGCUGUGGACAGAAAAUGGCAGAUCUUCCUACUGAUCGCUUGGAUUCUAUUGCACCAUUUACCUACAGUGGGGUCGAUUACUUCGGACCGUUCCUUAUCAAAGAGGGUCGCUGUGAGAUCAAGAGAUGGGGCGUGUUGUUCACGUGUUUAGCCAGCCGCAGUAUUCACAUUGAAACUGCCAUCAGUAUGGACACAGACUCUUUCCUUAACGCUUAUAGACGUUUUGUGUGUCGACGAGGACCAAUAAGAUUGCUGAGAUGCGACCGUGGAAGCAACUUCAUAGGAGGACGGAAUGACCUGGAUGCAGCCCUGGCUGAAAUGGAUAAAGACAAGCUGAAGCAGGAGCUGCUUAAAGAUGGCCGUGAUUUUGUCACCUUCGAAAUGAAUUUCCCACACUCAAGCCACAUGGGAGGUGUGUGGGAGAGGAUGAUUGGAGCUGCCAGAAAUGCUUUGUCUGGCCUACUCCUGAGUCAUGGCACCAAGCUGAAUGAUGAACUACUGAGGACGCUGUUAGUCGAAGCUGAGGCGAUAGUCAAUAGUCGCCCUUUAACCUACGUAGAAGCUGAGUCUCCAGAUUCACCAGAGCCUUUAAGUCCAAGCCAGUUAUUGACGUUGAAAGCAAAGGUGGUUUUGCCACCACCCGGUGUGUUUGAAAAAACAGACCUGUAUUGCCGACGCCGCUGGAGACGGGUACAAGCAUUGGCAAACGAGUUUUGGGUCCGUUGGAGGCGAGAGUUUUUGCCAACCUUGCAGGAGCGUAAGAAGUGGAAUCGACAACAAGUGAAUGUGACCAAGGGCGACGUGGUCAUGAUGAUCGACGAGACGGCCCCUAGAUGUGACUGGCCUCUAGCGAGGAUUGUCGAGAUGUUUCCUGGAGAAGAUGGACUAGUCCGGAAGGUGAAGAUCCGCACAGGCCAAGGCACAGUCUACGAGAGACCGAUUCAAAAGCUGGUACUACUUUUCAAGCCAGAUGAACCAGAGAACUAG